AUGGAGUAUCUAGUGGAUAAAUCACAAUCUGUAUUUGUUCCUGGUAGAGUAAUCACUGACAACAUUAUCCUAAGCCAUGAACUGGUUAAAGGAUAUGGCAGGAAAGGAGUUUCUCCAAGGUGUAUGAUGAAAUUAGAUAUGCAGAAGGCAUAUGACUCCAUCGAAUGGGACUUCCUGGAGCAGAUACUAGAUAGUCUGGCUUUUCCCAGAGUGUUUGUCAAAUGGAUCAUGCAAUGUGUCAAAAUAGUCUCAUACUCCAUACUGAUAAAUGGACAGCCUACUAUGCCAUUUCUAGCUUGUAAAGAGCUAAGGGGAGAUACGGGCUCUAUGAAGUUAAUGUAUAAAUGCUUCCUGGACUUCUCACAAGCCUCUGGCUUAAAGGUUAAUAAAGCAAAGAGCUCCAUCUUCUUUGGAGGGGUCCCUCAUGAAAUACAGGAGGAGAUACUUGCUGAGCUUGGAAUGUCAAACGGAGAACUACCUGUGAGAUACCUUGGAGUACCAUUAAGUACAAAAAGGAUCUCAGUUGCACAAUGUCAGCCAUUAUUGGAUAAGAUGGUAGGAAGAGUUACUUCAUGGACAGCAAGAUUCCUAUCAUAUGCUAGAAGAUUACAAUUAAUCAAGAGUGUUCUGUUCUCCAUACAAACAUUUUGGGGGCAAAUCUUUAUCCUCCCAAAGAAGAUUAUCAGAAUGAUAGAGUAA